AUGGUAGUCACAAUCAGCAACAAGUUAGAGUCACAAGAGGCAGGUAACAAUUUCACUUACGACAGGAUAGCUGAAGUCAAAGCAUUUGAUGACACAAAAUUGGGAGUGAAAGGGCUAUUGGACUCUGGGGUGACAAAGAUCCCACGCAUCUUCCAUCAUUCAAAGUUGGACCUCAAUGGGACCUCAAAAAGUGACUCAAAUUUCAGUGUCCCCAGCAUAGAUCUUAAAGACAUAGACAUAAAUUCAUCACUGCGUGUGGAAGUGGUUGGUAAGAUUCAAAGGGCAUGCAAGAAGUGGGGAUUUUUUCGAGUGAUCAAUCAUGGUAUUCCUGUUGAGGUUUUGGAUGAUAUGAUAUGUGGGAUCCGUAGGUUUCAUGAACAAGAUGGUGAGGUUAAGAAAAUGUUUUAUUCAAGGGAUAACAAUAAGAAAGUCAGAUACUUCUCCAAUGUUAACCCUUUCAAAAGCCAAGCUGCUAAUUGGAGGGAUACAUUAUCAUUUUUUCUAAGUCCUGAUCCUCCUAACCCAGAUGAAAUGCCAGCUGUAUGCAGAGAUGUUGUGAUGGAAUACUCAAAACAAAUAAGGGCCUUGGGGUUCAAAAUCUUUGAGCUAUUCUCAGAGGCUCUUGGCCUUAAUCCUUCUUACCUUAAUGAAUUGGACUCUGCCAAUGGACAAUUUAUUUUGUGUCACUACUACCCUGCAUGCCCUGAACCCAAAUUAACUCUGGGCACUUCAAAACACACUGAUGGUGACUUCAUGACAAUUCUUCUGCAAGACCAAAUUGGUGGUCUUCAAGUUCUUCAUGAGAAUCAAUGGAUUGAUGUUCAUCCAGUGCACGGAUCUCUUGUUGUAAACAUUGGGGAUUUUCUACAGCUUAUAACAAAUGGCAUGUUCAGCAGUGUCUAUCAUAGGGUCCUAGCGAGGCAUAUAGGCCCAAGAAUUUCAAUAGCAAGCUUUUUUGUGAACGUAUCACCAAAUGGUUCAUCGAAGGCUGUUGGUCCAAUAAAGGCGUUGUUGUCAAAAGAAAAUCCACCAAUCUAUAGGGACACUACAGUGAAAGAUGUCAUGACACAUUAUUUUGAUGAAAAAAGCUUUGAUGGGAGCACAUCCUUGAAGACUUUCAUGUUGUGA